UACUCUACUUCAGAGCCUUAGUCGCUCAGAAUAUAUUUCGCGAGCUUAUCAAUUCGCACGAAAAUCGGAGCGCUCCCUUAAAGUGUUAAUUAAGAGCUGGGAAAUCUACUAAUUGUGAAGGCGAAAUGGCAGAAGCUGUAAAAAAAGAAAUUGGUGCCGGUCGUCCUCUGGAUGGUGGAGGGGGUGGCAGCGGAGGAGGCGGUGGGGGCGGCGGAACGGGAAUGCCCAAAAGAAAGCAUCGCCGUGGCAAAAAGUCAAAGAUGAUGCCCAAGAAGUCCAAGAACCACUAUCCACAGUGGAAACUCGAUAUGCCAACGGGUGCGGGAGCAACGCUCGAGGGUAAUACUCGCCAGAAUAGUCGCACCAAGUUGGUCCGCUCUCGAUCUUUGCUCGUUCCAUACAACACCAACCGCUUCCUGAUGGAAGAGCACAUGUCCGAGGUGCCCAAGGACGACUCUGACGACAAUUGUUUCGGGUCGCAGACUGAGGACCAGGUGCUAUUUCUCUCCAAGGAGUUCUCCAACGUCUACGAACGGGCGCGUCUUGAGCGCCUGGAGACUAUGAGUAAGCAGGAGCUCAUCCAGGAAUGCCUGCAGAUCGAGGAUCGCUAUUCCAAGGCCCAGAACGUCUCGAAGGAGUUUAGCGCCAAGCUACGGGCGCAGGAAGAGAAGAUGCGACAGCUUACCAGGGAGAACCAAUUUUUACGUUCUCACUUCCUGCGUUCGUGUCCGACGACAGCUGGACCUGCGGCAGCUGCAGCGGCUGCCGCAUCUCCACCAUCGGCGGUGGCACCCACACCCAGCUCCGCCUGUGAGCUGCAGGCCAGACAACAGCCGCCGCAGCAGCCCCAGCCCACACCGAUGGACUCCUCCAGCGAGGACAGCGAAAGCGACAGCAGCAGCACUACGUCGAGCACCACUUCCAGCACAUCCUCGAGCAGCAGCGAUGGUCACGAGAUGGGCGUGGCCGGUCUGAACAUUGCCAACGGACAUGCCGAGCGCCACGAGCGGAGCCGUACCCGCUCCAGGUCAAGAUCGCCUAUCCACCUAAACGGUCAUGCCGACGAGGAGGAACGCCAGCGCCUGCUGGACGGCAAUCAAAUGGACGAAGAUGAAAACUCCAGCGAUGUCCCAAAGCCAGGCGAUUCUGCGGUCAAAUAAGCUGGACGUUGUCACCCUUUCCUGUGUAAAUAGAAGACUCAAUUGUGGUAGACUGCGGCGACAUAUGGACAAAAACCCUGCUUAGUUUUUAAGUAAUCUCUGCGCGCCUCAGCCGUGGGGAUUUCAUUUUUAAUCAUCAUCAUCCAGCAAAAACAUUAGAUUUAUUCUGUUAUCUGCAAACGAUGCCUACCGCAUGUAAAAUAUUUCAAGAUGUUGCCUCGACGCGUUAAUGAUUUUAAUGGAUUUUUUAUAAUGAAAACUCGAUUUGUAGGUUAAUAAAAAGUUGAAUCGUGAAUUCAA